CUCGUUGUUAGUCACACCUCGGCUUUUCAAUAUGGUUGUAGUUUGAACCUUUGAAGCCUGGAACUUUUAACUAAAUUGUAAGAGUGAAAGAUUCAUAACUUACUUAUUUUCUGUUGAUGCUGAUAUUUAUCUAAAUGCAGUUAAAUAAGUUGCAACUUCAGGGAGUUUUAUUCCCAGCUCCUGGGAGGAGAAAUUCUGAAUGUGACUCAAUCUAUUUCUCUUGAACUAAUUACAGAUUUAUUUUACCAAAGCUGCUAUGAGUGAUCCGGCAACCGAAUCGAAUGAUGUGCAUUCAAGCUCCGAAGAAGCUAAGAAGCCCCAGAUUGAGCCUAUUCGGAUGCCUACUGUGGAGGAAAUAAGGGGCCAAGACAUUUGGAACAACUGUGCAGUUCGUAGUGUUGUUAGCGGAGUCAUGGGAGGGGGACUUGGUUUGUUCAUGGGUAUGUUUCUCGGGGCAUUGGAUAACCCAAUAAUGCAAGAGGAAAUGACUACUAGGCAACAAAUUGUAUACCAAGCAAAGCAGAUGGGUCGAAGGAGUUGGAGUUCAUGCAAGACUUUUGCUGUUAUGGGUUUGGUUUUCUCUGCUGCUGAGUGUACAGUUGAGAAGGUACGGGCGAAGCAUGACAUUACAAAUACAGCAGUUGCAGGGUGCGUAACAGGUGGCGCAUUAUCAGCUAGAGGUGGACCAAAAGCUGCGUGUAUGGGUUGUGCUGGCUUCGCGACAUUUUCAGUCUUGAUAGAGAAGUUCUUGGAUAGAUAUCACUAACCCAAGUAGACAAGAUAAAUCAUUCUUCAGCCUGGAUGAUGUAACCUACACCAACCUACUUUAUAUUUAGAAUCAGAUUCUUUUUGUUCCCAUUCUAUGACAGUGCACAGUGUUGUAGAUGUGCCAUGCCGCUCGCUUUCAUUGUCGUUUUUGUCCGAUUCGUAGCUUAAAUGAAAGAAAUGAGGAUUCAUAU